AUGGCAUCUUCCGAUCCCCGCCUCCAGAUCCGAACACAACACUGCGCAUUCUGCAAUCAUCUUCUGCUCGCGACAACACGAGAUAUAUCAACCCUCCCCCGUCGCGGCGGCGAAGCAAAGGAUAAAGCGAUAAUUGUCCCACUGGAAGACCGGACGAAUGAAGAGGACUUAGAGAUGAGCGAAGCGCAAGGCGCAAGGACGAAACAUGCGACUCUGCUUCUUUCUACUACUAUACCUGAUCGACGAGCUACACUUAUCAGACGCGAAGAUGGGAUUGAGAAGAGGAUUCUUCUGCGGUGUGGACGGUGUAAGGUUGUGAUGGGGUAUUAUCUCGAUGGUGUGCAUUAUGGAGAGAAGACACAGAUUGUUGAUGGUGAUGAGAAUGUCGAAGAGAAGAGGCGGGCUGUUUAUAUUCUUCCCGGGGCUAUUGUUGAGACGGACAAAAUGGGAGGGAAUAGCGAUGACGCAGAGUGGAGAGGAUGGAAUAACGAAGCCUAG